AUGACAUUAUUACAAUAAAAAGAAAUUUAUGUAAGAAAGCUAUCAGGAAUGCUCAGGCUUUUAUCUGGAUAGAAUUAAAUUCUUCAUAAGUAUUUAAAUGCUAUUGAUUUUUUAAGAAAAAUCAAACUAAAUACCAUUAAAUUAUAAGAAAAUUUAUAAUUUAACACAAAAAAUCUCUUCAGAGUUUCAAUGACUUUUAUUUUUUCAUCAAUCUUUUGGAAUUUAUUUGUAACCUGAUUUGAAUAGCUAAGAUAAUUUGAAAAAAGAAAACAUGAAUGAGAAAAUCAUAUAUUUUUCCCCCAGACUUAACCCUUCUUUAAUAUACUUUAGUUUUAACGACUGAGAUCGUUAGAUUAAAUGUAAUAUUAAAAAUAAUAAUUAAUUCAUGGCGAAUAAGAAAUAAGAAAAACAUAUUUUUGGAUCAAAUAGAGAAUUUAAAGAAUAAAGAUUCUAAUUUAAGAUAUGCUGUAAUAUGAAGAAUGGGACGGAAAGCAUAUAACGAAUUUAUUUAAUGAUAUUUUAGAGCCAAUUAAAAAUAGAUUUUUAAAGAAACUCUGUGUUUGUAAAUUAUAUAGUAACUCUCUAGAAAAAUGA